AUGGCCAGGAGGUCGAUGUUCUGUGGAGGAAGAGGACAGUCCUGGUGCUCAUCUGGCUUACAGAUCAGAACUUUAACUGGAUCACAGACGUUCAGAAUGAUGCGUGUGCUUGUGGGGUUUCUGCUGGCCUUCGUGGCCUUGCUUCAUGCUGGAUACUCUGAACCUCAGACCCAAGAGAACUUUGAUGUAAACCGGUUUAUGGGGAAAUGGUUUGAUAUAGCCGGGGCGUCUACCUGCCCUUGGCUCAAGCGUCAUAAGGGUGAAGCAGCCAUCGGCUCUCUGGAGCUGAAGUCCUCUGGAUCAUCAGAGAUGAUCAGCAUGACCCGCACAUCUUUCAGGCACGGCACCUGCAAGUCCAUCAGUGGAGAAUAUCAGAUGACCACAACACCAGGAAAAUUCAGAUAUCAUGUUUCCAAGUGGAAUGCUGAUGUUGAUGCCUAUGUGGUUCACACAAACUAUGAUGAGUAUGCACUGGUGGUGAUGUAUAAACAGAAGUCGGGAGGUGACAAAACGACAUCUGUGAAACUCUACGGUCGUACUAUGGAGCUGCGACCCACUCUCAUCGAAGACUUCAAGGCUCUUGUGGCUGAACAGGGAAUGAGUGAAGAGACCAUAGUUAUGAAGAAAAACAAAGGUGAAUGUGUUCCAGGUGAGCAGCUCAUGCCAGAGCCACAGAUCCAGAGGGCGAGGAGGAAUGUGGUUGUGCCGCCCCCUGAAGAGGGAUCGGGCGAUGACACGCCCAUGUUCAGAGCAGCUGAAGCCUGUAAGGCCCCGGUCGACUCCGGUCCGUGUUUUGGAAUGUUACAGCGCUACUUUUACAACUCGUCCAUCAUGACCUGUCAGAUGUUCACCUACGGAGGCUGUUUGGGGAACCACAAUAACUUUGUGACAGAGAAGGAGUGUCUGCAGAGCUGUCGCACUGAGGCGAGCUGUAGAAUCCCCAUUGACUCUGGUCCCUGUAAAGUUUCCAUAGACCUGUGGGCCUUUGAUUCAUCUGUUGGAAAGUGUGUGUCCUUCAAAUAUGGAGGCUGCAAGGGCAACGGAAACAGAUUCUACAGCCAGAAAGAGUGUAAUGAAUACUGCGGUGUUAUGAUGAGAGAUGAUGAGAAUGACGAGUUUCUCAAGACGAAUUAA